AACCAAAAUCUAGACAUUUGCAAAUUUUCAUUCGACACCGAGAUCUUGAGAGAGUCGAAGACCGAGUUAACUCGUCAGAUUCAACAUUGUUGAUGGUAGAUUGGCAUGGGAGGAGUUAUGCAGAAGUUCCUAGUUGCAUCAAUGUUCAUGGGGAUUCUUCCCAUUGCGAUAUUAUACGGUUUCAACAACGAUUUGCUUCCUGGUUCAGCAACACUGUCUCCGCAUUCUCUAACACUACUGAGUGGAUUUCUUGCGGUGGUAUCAGUCAACGUAGUGAUUGUGUUCUACAUCUGUCUGGCGCUGAAGGAACCUGUAGAUAAACACAACUCAGACGCUUCUUUUGUCGCAGAGGCCAAAGAUAGUGUGAAGAAAUUCACAUCAGGAGGAGUCCCAAGUACCGAUCCGGCGCUUAAGAAACAAGAGUAAGAGCUACGCAGUUCCCGUUUUUUGAUACUAGGAAUAGUGCUGAGAUUGAAUCAGAGAGCAGAGCUCAGGUUGUUGCAAUGUGUUGUUAUAAUUGUAGAAAUUCUUGCCUGGUAGAUCAUCCUCUUUGUGACAUUUGAGGGGUUUUGGGGUUGGUUUCAGCAACAGGAACAGCAAUGCUUAUGUUGAACAGAGACAAUAGCUAUUGCUUUAGGGACAAAACUCACAAAUACCAUGUCCAUAGUUGCUGUUCCUUCAUUGCAAAGAUACUAAGUGAAUUAUAGGUGAAAUCUGUUUAAUUGUUUGAUUUUGGCUUUAAGUCGCUUCAACGAAAUAUAUCUCCAUCCAUAGAAGUCAAAGCAACGUGGACAUGAUGGGAAGAAAAAGGCUCCAAAGACAUGCAUGGAAGCGCCAUUAACAAAGCCAAUUACAGUGUGCUGAUUUGUAGAUCCUUCAUGAGUCUCCUCAAAACAAGCACAAUUAAGGCUGGAAUUGGCUGGUAUUGAAAUAUUGAUGGAUCCUGGAGAGGCAGCUAGAACAUUAAAGUUUCAGCCUACUGAAAUUCCCCUAGAUGCAGAGGGCAUAUACACUGUGAGAAGCAGUGAGUAUCAUGUAACCUUCUGAUGCGAAAGUAUUAUCCAAUUGACUCAACCAGCAAAUGUCAUUUCUCAGAGAGCAGAAAGCGGAGGCAAAAAACCAUCACAGUGUAGAUCAACAAACCAUCAAUAAAGGUUCAUGUUUCAUAGCAAGAGAUGCUAAUGGUGAGGCAGAUAGUUUAGCAAAUACUCUGCUUCUCUAAAUAUACGGUCUCUUGGAUUAAUGUUCACUAAUGUUAUACUACUUGCUAAACUAUUAUAUACAUUUAUAUUCUUGUUGGCGGGAAACUUCAUGUGUCUGUAAUCAAUCUAAGUGUAGAACUACACAAUCCUUUUACUAAAUUCUACAAAAUUUUGUAAAAUACUGUAAUUCUCUCUGCCUGCUUUUGACUCAAGGCGUGCAAGCGGCAAAUGCAAAAAUUGUCCGUUUAUAUA